AUGGAUGAAAGUAGUGCAAGUGGAGGUGGAAGGGGAAAAAACAAACGAUUUUGGACUGCUCAAGAAGAUAAAGUUCUUGUGGAAGCAUUGUCAGAGCUAGCUGUUGAUCCUCACUGGAGGUGUGAUAAUGGAUUCAGAAGCGGCUACAUGGUUCGCUUAGAGGAGGUCAUAGGUAAGGGUCUUCCUAGUUGUGGUUUGAAGGCUCUGCCACACAUUGAUUCUCGACUUAAGACACUUGGAGCCAAGUUUAGGGCUAUUUCUCAAAUGUUAAAUACAAGUGGGUUCGUUUGGGAUGAUGAAAAAAAAAUGGUUUCUGUGGACCGGGCUGUUUAUGACGAGUUUUGCAAGAAUCAUCCGAAUUGCAAAAACUUGUUUGGAGUUUCAUUUCCGCACUAUCAUGAACUCAUGAAUGUUUAUGGCAAGGAUUAUGCUACUGGAAAACCAGCUGAAGAUUAUGUUGAAGCAAUCAAGAAUUUGCAAAAUGUUGCCCCUCCAUAGGUUACACUUGAUUCAAGUGACGAUGAGGGAGUUGCUGCUAGUGGUAAUGCCACUCAGACUGUUACUUCUCCUCCUGCAAAAAAGAUGAAGACUGAAAAACUUCUAAAAGAAGUAAGAGAGGACAUGGUGGUGAUGGAAGUUCUAAUGAAUUGACUAGCUUACAAGCAUUCAUGAAAGACAUGAAUGUUCUUCGUUCCACUAUGGCAAAUGUGAUGGCACGCACUGAUGAUCGUGAGCAAAAAAUAGUUGAAAAGACUGAGCAAGUGCUAGAGGAACUACUCUCUUUUAAUUUAGAAGGUGUAACUCCUAACCAAGUUUUUGAAGUGGCUAACAUUCUAACCGCACAACCAAACAAGCUCAUGAUAUUUUCAAAGUGUCCCCAUGCUUUGAAAAGUGCUUAUGUUAAGAGUCUUCUUGGAGGAAUUGGAAAUAGUAAUGCUUAGAUCUUAUGUUGUGGUUUC